AUGGCUUCAUUCUUUCGCCGUUUCGCGACUUCAGCCUCUUCGUCCAAUAUAUCCAUGUCUAACGUAUUCUUCGAUGUUGCAAUUGAUUCCAAGCCUACGGGAAGGAUAGUGUUCAAGCUUUUCGACGAGGCCGUACCCAAGACCGCGAGGAACUUCCGCGAGCUUGCUACCGGCCAGCACGGCUUCGGAUACUCUGGAAGUCAUUUUCAUAGAAUCAUCCCCAAUUUCAUGCUGCAAGGCGGUGACUUUACACGGCAUAACGGCACUGGUGGCAAAUCAAUAUACGGUGAGAAGUUUGCAGACGAGAACUUCAAGCUUCGGCACGUCAAGCCUGGCUUGCUUUCGAUGGCGAACGCAGGCCCCAAUACGAACGGCUCACAGUUCUUCGUUACGACAGUCGUGACGUCUUGGCUAGACGGCAAACACGUCGUGUUCGGCGAAGUCGUGGAGGGCAUGGACAUCGUGAAAAAGAUAGAGGCUGUGGGCACUGAUUCGGGCCGGCCGAAGCAGAAAGUGACUAUCACCUCGUCGGGUGUAGUAUGA